UGCAUGCCUCUCUGCAGGAUAUUGUGCUACCCAUCAUGGCUGGCACCUGUGACCAGAACCAGUUUUACAUCAGCGUGAAAUUCGGGAGUCACGGCUCUAAUUUCAAGGCUAUCGUUGGACCUCGAGAGCUGACGGCUGAGAUGGCUGAAGACUACAAUUUCUAUGAGAACGGCACACACCUCAGCCUCAUUCUGCCAUACACUGCCAAGGACGCUGUUUUCGAGCUGCUCACUGCAGAAUCAGUCAAAUCCAGAAUUGACCUGCUUCUGUUGGAUCGUGCAAACGACUGGGUGCUUGCUGAUCUCUAUCUGGCUUGCUACUUCCCCUUAAAAGCAACAGAGUGCCACCCCAAUGGCACAAUGACCGCUGUGGCUGUGAAGGUUGAAUCGACUCGUAAUCUGAAGCCAAGUCAGCUGACGCUAAAGGACCAGUCCUGCACACCACAGUUCAGCGACGAUCGCUUUGCACAUUUCUCCUUCAGUGUGGAUACCUGUGGAACCACCAGAACGUUCUUUGACAACUACAUGAUGUAUGAAAAUGAGAUCCGCCUGUCUUACAACAACGCCAAAGGAGCAGCCAACACAUCACCAGUUGAUCCUGAUUACAGGCAAACUAUUUCCUGCUUUUGUGAUCCAUCCUACGAGCGCUUCUACCAAGCAGAGGAUUAUCCAGUGGUGAAAUAUCUGCAGCAGCCUCUGUAUUUUGAGGUGGAUCUGAUGCAUUCUACCGACCCGCACUUGGAACUCAUUGCUGAGAACUGUUGGGCAACCCUUUAUGAAGAUGGGACAUCUCUGCCAAGCUGGGACAUCAUUGUGGACAGCUGUGAGAAUCGCAAUGACAGCUAUGCAACAAUUUUCCAUCCCGUUGUGAGUGACUCCAGAGUUUUAGUCCCGUCCCACAUGAAGCGCUUCUCUGUAAAGAUGUUCACUUUCACUAAAGAUGACAAGGUUCUGAAAGACCAGAUCUAUGUCCACUGUGAUGCAGUGAUUUGUGACACAAGCAGCCAGGCAGAUGGUUCCUGCAGAGGCCAGUGUGUGCAUCCUCCAGGUCAGAGCUACUCAAGACCUGCAGGUGUAAAAAAGGGUAAGUGA